AUGUCCAAAAGGUCAGGAUUUUCUGAGAAUUUUGAACGGACAUUCCACAAAGUUAGAACCAUCGCAAAUGAUGAAGAUGAAAACCCUAGUUUCCGUUUGAUGUUUUGCAGUGACGAAGAUGAUAAACCAGAGGAGAAAAGAAAGGGACGAUUUCUUGGGGCAACAAGGAUUGACAUGAUUGGAGAGUUGGAGAAGAUAGCUAAUCUUAGCAUACCCAAAGAUCUAGAGAGUGAUGAAGCCAAUAAAUAUCUAGCUGAUGCAUGCACAAAAUUUGAAAUCAAAUGUCCCCCACCCCAAACAACCGCACGUUUGUUAGACAAAUUGGUGGGACACUUUUUGGAGGAGACAUGUGUGAAUCCUUGUUUCAUAAUCGACCAUCCUGAAAUCAUGAGUACUUUGGCCAAGUCCCACAGAUCCAAACCAGGUUUGACUGAACGUUUCGAGUCGUUCAUCAACAAGCAUGAGCUUGCCAAUGCGUACACUGAACUGAAUGAUCCAGUGGUACAGCGCCAACGAUUUCAAGAUCAGUUAAAGGAUCGACAAUCGGGGGAUGAUGAAGCAAUGGCUUUAGAUGAGGAAUUCUGUACGGCUCUUGAAUACGGGUUGCCGCCAACUGCCGGUUGGGGAUUGGGUGUUGACCGCCUUGCUAUGCUGUUGACCGAUUCACAGAACAUCAAGGAAGUUAUACUUUUCCCGGCAAUGAAACCACAGGAUGAAAGCCGCCUGCCUGCAAGGGAUGCUGAAAAGUUGAGCUCAUAA